AUGGCCAAAAGCUCAUCAACCAUACAAAGGCUAACUCAAGAGUUGCUUAACAUCAACAUAAAGAGUAGCAUCUCAUUCUUGCCAUUGUUCCUCUUAGCAUCCUUCAUCUUUCUUCUCGCCUUGAUCUACUCUCCGAACCCUUCUAGCUAUAGGGUCUUCCCUCAAAGAAGCAAUGGUACAAAAUGUGACUUGUUUGAUGGGGAAUGGGUGAGAGAUUUUGAGAGAACGCCGUAUUAUACUCAAGGGAGUUGUAGCACGAUUCCUGAGUCGAAGAAUUGCGAAAAGUAUGGGAAAGAACAAGGGUUUGUGCAUUGGAGAUGGAAGCCUAAGGGCUGUGAUUUGCCGAGAUUUGAUGCGAAGAGAUUUUUGAAGAUUGUUGAAGGCAAGAGAAUGGCAUUUGUUGGGGACUCGGUCUCUAGAAACCAGAUGGAAUCAUUACUUUGUCUCUUGUCUCAGGUGGAAACACCUAUAGACAUUCAAGAAAAAGACCCUGAAGACAGAUUCAGAACCUGGUACUUCCGCUCUCACGACUUCACCCUCCUAACUCUCUGGACCAAAUUCCUAAUAUCUGGAACGGAGUUACUCGAAAACGGAACGGGAACGGGAGUCUUCGACCUACACUUGGACAAACUCGACACAUCCUGGCCCCAAAAGCUCCCCUGGCUCAACUACGUCGUCAUCUCCACUGGCCACUGGUACUUCCGAAAAAACUACCUCUACGAGAACAACAACCUCAUCGGCUGCAUCUACUGCUCCGAGAGUAACCUAACAAAUUUCGAGCCAGCUUAUGCAAUAAAAAAAUCAUACAGAACAACACUUCAAUACAUUAAUGAAUGCAAGAACUGCGAUGGGAUUGUCAGUAUACUAAGAACCUUCUCGCCAGCCCAUUUUGAGAACGGGGAUUGGAAUGGGGGAGGUAUUUGUAACAGAACUGAACCGUUGGGUAACGGGGAAGUGAGUUUCGGGGGAACUGAGUGGGAAGUGAGGAAUGCGCAGGCUGAGGAAGUGAAGAGGGAGGAAGGGAAAGGGUUUAGGAUUUUGGACGUGACGAAGGCGAUGACGAUGAGGGCUGAUGCUCAUCCGGGGAUUCACUGGAACAAUCAGUGGAUGAAAGGGUAUAGUGAUUGUGUGCAUUGGUGCUUGCCAGGGCCUGUUGAUGUGUGGAAUGAGCUCAUGUUGGAGGUAUUAAAGGAGGAUGAUACUGCUUGAUUUAUUGCGUAGGACUGCAUUCUUUGCUUUGAACAUUGUAUGAGAAUUUUGUGAAAUUUAAAUAAUCACAUGGUAUGAUUCAGUCUUGGAUCUCCA